GCGUGCGUGUGUCCAGAAUUGCAAUUUCCGUUAUUCAAUUCUGUUGUGUCAUCGUAUUUCGAAUGUUUGAAAAGUUUACGUUCUAAAAUGAAUGUUACCGAAGUCAUCGAGGUCAAAUCGAAUCUUGUUGACCAUGAAGAAAAAGGCCUAUUUUCUUCAAUCACAACAAAUGUUGAGUCGAGAUCAUCUCCGGUCGUAUUGACGAUAAUCAAAUUUCGUCAAUCAAGUCAAGAUGAUAACCAAGGUUUAUCGCACGCUAUGAAUUCUGAUGAAGAAUUUAAACAAACAGCUUUUUUUUUAGUUAAUAUGUUCAAACAUCUUGAUUGUACGGCAAUAAUUCAUCAUAACUAUUUUCAAAAUCAUCUAAUUUUGAAAAUCGUUAUAAAACUGUGUUCUAAAUUAUUAUCAUUAAGUGGAAAUUCAUUCACACUAAAUCUUUUUAGUGAAUUACUAAAAAUUUUUCGACAUCCCAAUGUACCUCAGCUUAAAAUCGAAUUUCCAUUUAAUACAUUAAAUCGUUUAAUGUCAGAUAUAUCCGCUGAUGUGCUCUUGGGUAGCGGUUUCUUUGAAUUUCAUCUUAAUGCAUUAUCUCUUGGAUCAAUAGUCAAUCUUUCACAUUAUGUAAAUCGUUUGGAUAUCUCGGAAAAAAGUUCAAUUGAAAUUGAUUUCAAUCGUUUGAAUAUCUCGAAAAAAAAUUCAAUUGAAAUUGAUUUCAAUCGUAAAUUAGUUAGAAUGCAUUUUUUUGUUUACAAAAUGACCGACAAGUAUUUCCACAGAUAUAAAAUUGAAAUUAGCUUUGAAUCCAUCAAAUUUAUAGCGAUUGAUUUAAGCCAUAAUUCGGAUCUGAAAAAUGUUCGCUUUUAUUUUGAAUUGAAUGCUGCACCAUUUCUAUUCUCAGGCACAAAGUUCAAAGAUGUUGGAGAAUCUUGGAAAAUGCGUUGGAAUAGAAUAGAAGAUUUUCAUGAAUGUUUUCGUGAUGAAGAACAAUCAUUCACUUCAAUAUUGUCGAAUCAAAGUCGUUCUAAAAAUCAAGAACUGAUAGGCUAUGCUUUUAAUUAUCGAGUGGAUUUAACAGCCAUGAAUAGCAUACAUGUACUCAUAUAUCUAUCUUAUACGUGUAAAGAAUUGAAUCCAACUUUUUCGUUGUACACUUGUCGCAUUCUAGAUGCUUCGGAAUCUGUUCAAAUGAAUACAAAACAAAUGUCUCGUAUGAUCGACAAAAAUUUUGGUGAUAAUUUUGCCAUCAAUUAUGCUUGUCGUGCUUUAUUCUUUAAAUCGUAUGCAAUCAUUGAUUCAAUAACAUAUGAAGAUUAUCCGGAAAAAUUGGACUUUUUUUUCGAUCAAAUCAAAAAUUUAUGCAAUGAAGAAUCACCAUCAUUUGUUGAAGAGAUCUUCUAUUCACUAAGUUCUUUAUGUAAAAAUCGAAUUUUUGAUUUAAUCGCCGAUUUAGAAUAUCUUACAAACAAAAUGCGAUCGAUAUUUAAACAGAAAAAAGAAUAUGAUCGUCAUGACCAUGUCUUAAUGCGAAGAGCCGAUUUGACAGCAAGUCGUAUCGAAUUUUUUCGACCGAUGAUUCUACUUCGUUCACGAUUUGCAAAUAUAGCCAAUCUUGAUUAUGCAUUACGUUUAACGAUAUCUGAAGACAAUAAUAAACAAUUAUGUGCUUAUUAUAGUGAUACUGAUUUCAUCAAAAACAGUAUUAAACGACAAUUAAAAAGUGGCAUCAAGAUCGGUGAUCGUCUCUUUGAAUUCCUUGGUUCAUCAUCAAGUCAAAUGCGCGAUAGCAGUAUCAUAUUCUAUGCUUGUGAUGAUAAACAGCCACCACUGACAGCACAAACUAUACGUGAAAUGAUUGGUGAUCUUUCCGACUAUAAACGUAAAGUUGCCAAAUACAUUUCUCGAUUGGGUUUGAUUUUUUCCCAGGCCAUGACUUUCUAUCCAUACGAUAGUUCAACUACGGUUGUGAAGACUCAAGAUUUAACAACUGAAAAUAAGCAAUUUUGUUUUUCUGAUGGCAUUGGUAUUAUAUCGAAAAGUUUGGCUGCUAAAUUCUUGCCCUUAUUACGCAUUCCACAAAAUUAUUUUCCAUCAGCAUUUCAAAUCCGUCAUGGUGGUUGCAAAGGAAUGCUUGUCUGUUAUGAAGAUUUUAAAAAGGACGUUAUUAUAUUUCGUGAUUCGAUGGUCAAAUUCAAUUCUGAAGAUAAUAAUUUGGGCAUACUUAAAUUUUCGAUGGCACGUUUACUUUAUCUAAAUCGACCUUUCGUACAAAUUUUAGAUCAGCAACGAGUGCCCAGUCAAGUUUUUCAUAAAUUUUUCAUUGAGAAUAUCAAACUGAUCACGAGUGCUUUAAUGUUCGAAAAUGAUGCCUUGAAAUUGCUUAUGACGUAUAGUAAUCGUAAUUUGUCUUAUAAAAAACUGUCUUCUGCUGGAUUAUCUAUUCUUAAUGAACCAUUCAUGCGACGAAUACUUCAUCAUUUGAUUCGUUAUCGUCUUGAAGAAUUGAAGACAAGAGUUCGUAUUCCAUUACCUCAUACGAUUGGGAGAAUGGCAUUCGGUGUUCUCGAUGAAAAUCGCAAACUUGAACCGGGUGAAAUAUUUUUUCAAUAUUCUGAACUAGACUCACAAAAUUGCCCGACUGGAAAAACAUUUAUUAUUGAAGAUCAAAUAGUAAUGGUCACUAAAUUUCCUUGCCUUUCUCUGGGCGAUGUGCGAAAAUUUCGCGCUGUCAAUAUACCAGAACUAUCUCAUAUCAAAGAUUGCUUAGUAUUUCCUGCCAAAGGAGAAAGACCGCAUACGGAUGAAAUGGGCGGGUCUGAUUUGGAUGGAGAUGAAUUUGCGAUCACAUGGUUUCCAGAUCUGCUGUUUCCGGGUGAUAAUUAUAAACCAUUGGAUUUUACGCCCGAAUCAGCCGAGGAAUUGCCCACUGAUCUCAGUAUCGAUGAUAUUGUUGAAUUUUAUUGUGAUUUUCUUCUAGAAAAUAAUGUAGGACAAAUAGCCAAUUGUCAUCUGAUGUUUUCAGAUUUUCAUCCAAAAGGAUUACAUUCCAAAGAAUGCGAAGUAUUAGCUAAAAAAUAUAGCAUUUCAUUAGAUUUUCAAAAGAAUGGUGUGAAUGCAACCUUAAACAUGAAAUUUAAACCUAAUAAAAAUUGGAUUCGACCAGAUUUCAUGGAGAAACAUGAAUUCAAUAAUUGUUAUCUAUCACAAAAGAUUCUUGGGCAAAUGUUUAGGAAUUGUCGUUUAAUGGAAAACAUCAUUUUCAUGUCUGAUCAAUAUUUGUGUUCAUUGGGAGAUGAAAGUUCACCGAAACUUCUACCAAAUUUGACAAUUGAAGGUUGGAAUGAAUUUGAAUCCCAAGCUUACGAUGCUUUAAUAGAAUAUUAUCAUUUUGCUAUCGAAACGAUGGAAAUGAUGGGCAUCGAUUCCGAAGCUUCAUUGAUUAGUAAUGUUUAUGAAGAUAAGUCCGAUGCUUCGGGUUUGGUUUUUGAUAAAUUAUUUGAAUAUUUUAAGCAGAAAUUUCAACAACAAGCUGAAAACAAAUCCGAAUUCCAAAAAUUGUUACUUACGUCUGCUUGGUAUACAAUUUGUUUUGAAAAAUGUCAUUUACUUCAAUAUCAUUACAGAAAUCAACCAUUGUUAGGCUUACCGUUUCUGAUACCGGAUGAGAUCAUCAAAUUGAUUGACUAUAAACGGAAGCAAGACGCUGCUGAAAUUACUAAAAAUGCUAGUUUGUCUUAUCCAAUUGAUGAUGAGAUAAUUUCAUUUACUUGUGAUUUGAUCAUGCAUUGGAUUGAAAGAUUAAAUGAAUUGUUCAAUUAUCAAAUGAAAUCAGAACUAAAGAUUUUGAAAAAUAACAAAUGGAUUGCCUACAGCGAAAUGGAAUUGUUGAAGAAUUUUAUUGAGAAAAAACUCCGUGAAAAGGAUAUAACAAUGAUUCGUGACGAGUUUCCUAUAUUUCAAUCAACUUUGAUUGAAAAUCGUGCUAGCUAUGUCAUAUUUCUUUUCAAUUAUUUUAUGUAUCGAAUAUUUGAUUUAUCUAAUUAUGGAAAUGAAAUCAUCCGUACCGAAAAAUUGGAAGAAUUGAUGUUUUUAAGAUAUUCUAUCUUUGCAUUAAAUUUUGUGAAUACAAUUAAUAUUGCUUUACAUCAUCUAUCUGAUCCGGAUAAGAUGAUGGAAAUUUUCCGAAAACAAUUGGACGAUAAAUUGCAACGAUUACAAAGUUUGCAAUUAAAAAAAAGCAAAUUUUCCUUGAUUAACGGAAUCCAACCGUCGGAUAAGAUUAUAGAUAAAGAAAAAAUCGAUUUCAAUAAGAUGGAUUUGAAUUUUUUUCGAAAAAUCAAAUUACUUACUGGCGCUAUCUAUCAAAUGGACAUAUUUGAUCAGGAAAAUUUUCGUAUUAUGUCUGGAGUUUCUGAUGCCACCAAAUUUUAUAAAAAUAUAACCGAAAUGACAAAAAGUUGGCUUCAUUAUCCGUACGAUGUAAAUAAUAAAAAUUGUAACAAUUUAAAUUUAUAUCAGAUUGAAUAUUUUACGAUCGAAGUUAUUGGAUUUCGUCCAACCAUUUCAUUGCUACGAUUAUUAUUGGGUCAUCCAGAUUUCUACCCUAAUAUUUAUCGAAAAAUUCAAUUGCCUAUUCCUGAUAACGUCAAGACCUAUGAUGUUCGAAACGACUGAAUUAUUUGAAAUAAAUUAAUGUUGAAACAUCUUUUUUUCAAAAACAAAAUUAUUCAAUCAAACAAAUUAAGUAAAAAAAAUUCGGUUAUUUUUUGGUUUGUUUAAUAAAACGGCGCAUGAACUGUUUAAA